CCGCCUCCGAUCCCGCGCGCACGCGCAGCUGACUAGGUGGGCUAUUAUUAGAGUUUUGCUCGCGUCCGCGCCCGGCGACUUUCUCCUCACAAGCUUGCAGUGAGGUGUUUAUACUAGAACUCCCCAGGAUUAUGAGUGAAAUAGAUUUGAAAAAGAAGGUGAGAUAGUUGCAUUAUUAAAUAAGUGAACGUAGAAAAUGUUGGUGUGUCAGGUCAGACCAUACAUGGGUAAAGUAUUAUAGCUAUGGUCGGACUGUGGCGAAUUGCGUUCCCUGCUCUAUUUUGUAGUACUUGAGACGUGCUCAUCACCUGAUACAACGUGAUGAGCGAUCUACAAAACGGAAACUGAAAGCCAGCGCCGAGCCCAUCACUGGUGGAAGGAGCAAACACAUGGCAGCAGAGAGAGAGCGUGGCUGUGAGAGGAGUGAUUCGUGCAGUGAGUCUGAUUCAAUGUCACGCAGAAGUUCCUCUUCGCAGUUGGACCCACGGCUCUCCCCACCUCUGGAGCUCAAAUCGAACAUUCCCCACACCUCCGUCAGACCAUUUCAUCACUCAAGAGCCCCACUUGCACCGUCACUCUCUAUGCCACCCCUUAUACGGAAUCACACACUCGGUACUCGUCAGUCAACUGAGGCAUUGGAUAUGUCAGAGUUGGAGUUUCUGCUGCAAGCACAGAGGGAAGUGAACCGAGAGCUCAAGAGGCUUCUAGUUGCUUCAGUAGGUAGCGAUUUGGAGCUUCGCCUCGAGCAGAUUCUGCAGGAGAAAGCCGAGCUCUCUCAAGAUCUGAGUCUCUCGCUCCAGCAUGUGGCCAGCAACCACGAGGAGCUAGAUCAAGUCGCCAUCGAGUGUGACAUCUGGCGCAGCAAGUUCAUCGCCAGUCGGGUCAUGAUCGACGAACUAGCCAGCUGGAAAGCCGAGCUGUCUCUGCAGCUGCGAGAGACCCAUAAAGCCUUGCAGUACAUGCUACACGAGAGGGAGGACAUUGGCCACGAACUGUUGGAGUCUCACGCUCACUUGGAGAGAGCUCUGACAGAGCUAGAGAGGUUGAAGCCGAGAGCUUGCUCGAAUCAUUUGUUAGGAGCAGCUAAUGUUGCUGCAGUCUCACCAGUUCAGUCAUAUGCCUCAUCAGGCCCAAGCUUGGCAGACGACAGUGCAAAUGCAACAGUCCUCGAUCUGGCACAUGGCAAUACAGUCGCUUCCAGAGACCUGGCUUCUCAGCUGUCCAGAGUCACAACAGGGAAAUCAGAUGAUGGUAACCGGAGCGUGGCAGCCUCAGUUCCACGUGUGAUGAAACCCACUGCUGGAGAGAGACUGGCUCACAGAGUAGUGAACUACAGGGGAAAUGCCCAGAGGACCAACAGAGAGACCACCCCACCCCUGCCAAACUGCUGCUGACGGAUGAGGAUCUGGUACACCACAGCAGGUUCAGCGGGGCAGGUGGUGUGGGCUCCUCUCUCUCGCCGCUCAGUCGCAGAUUGCUCCACUUCGGAGCUCGGGCUCUGGAGGACCCAUUCAGACUACCUUUCCACUGCUCCAAAUGCCGGGGAAAGAUCUUUGUUGUCUAAUCACAUAUUCUUUGCAUGAAUCAUAAUUAUUAUGAAGAAAAAGCAGCUCAACAAUGCCCACGACAAUACUAUUUCAAGGAAAUAAGAGUGGCCCGGGGUGAGACUCUAACCAAUGACACUGUAGUAUAAUAUACAAGCAGAGUGCUCUACCACCCACAAGGCACACCUACACUUGAAUUGGAUUUCGCACGAACUUGAAAGAAAUACC